CGGUGCGAACAGGAAGUUCCGCCAGUAUCCCAUAACCCCCCGCGCGGCCGCGCUCUCUCCUUCUCUCCGUGACGCCGCCGCCAUGGGCAUCGAUAUCCGCCACGAUCGGGACCGAAAAGUGCGGCGGAAGGAGCCCAAGAGCCAGGACAUCUACCUGAGGCUGCUGGUCAAGCUGUACCGGUUCCUGGCGCGCCGCACCAACGCUCCGUUCAACCACGUGAUCCUCAAGCGCCUCUUCAUGAGCAGAACCAACCGCCCCCCGCUGGCGCUGUCCCGCCUGGUGAGCCCCAAAAUCCCGGGAAUUUACCCCAAAAUAUCGGGAAUUUAUCCCGGAAUUCCUGGGGUAUGGCUGAGCCCCGAAAUCCCGGGAAUUUAACCCAAAAAAACCCGGGAAUUCAUGAGCAGAACCAACCGCCCCCCGCUGGCGCUGUCCCGCCUGGUGAGCCCCAAAAUCCCGGGAAUUCACCCCA